AUGUUCUCGAGUCCAUCCAGUCCACACACAACCACCAUCAGCCCUGACAGCACUCGUCCAUCACCGCUCGCUGCCUCACCAACACUCGACUCGCUGACUCCAGUCCUCGUACGCCCGCAGCUCGUCCGACAUAAAGCUUCAAACUGCCCCAGUGCAUACGUACGCAAUUCCAUCAGCACCCCAGCUCCACCCACGCCUUUGCGCCCUGCUUCUACUACACCUAGGCCUCGUCUAUGCCGCUGCCAAGUCAUGUGA